AUGUACUCUAAAAUUGGAUUUCUUCUCUUGUUCUUUGGUUUGAUAUCGUAUUCAACAGCUAGUACGUGCGAAGAUGGUAGUUACAUCAAUCAUGGAUCAGGAACAAUAAUCAGCCCUUCAAACCAGAACGAAUGCAAAGACAAAAUAUGUUCAUGGAGAUUUAAGUUGAAAAAAGAUGGAUAUUAUAACAUAAAUGAUAACUUACUUGUAUUGAAUGUUUCGACAAUUUCUGGUGUCAAGAAUAAUGAUUUACUCUGGAUUGAAGGAGAAGGACUGAGUUACCAAAAAAUCGAUUCGGUAUCAACAUCCUCUGUAUGCUUGUCCUACUACAUCUCUGAUAAUUGUUUGGAUGAAAUAAAAACUUUACAAUGCGAGACUCGUCAAGUACAAGAUGACGUCAUACUCAAAUUUAAAUGCGAGCCAAGCAGAUUCCAAUUUACUACGGACUAUGCUUUUUAUCCUUGUGAGAACACAUGCAAUGAUAAGAGAAUUGUCAAUUACAAUGGAACAAUUCAAAGUCCUAACAACAAAUCGGAAUGUGGUCAAAGAGUAUGUUCUUGGUGGUUUUAUAUGUCUUCUGAUCAUUAUCAAGAGAAUACAGAAAAAAUAAUAAUUCUCAACUUCACUGGAACUACAAGUGCAAAGGACAGAGAAAUACUGUGGAUUGAAACAACAGGUAUGGUGUAUUUUAUACUAACAUUAUGCUAUAACAAAAAUAUCAACUUCAGCUCGAACGCAAAAUAUGUGUGUAUGAUAUACUACACGUCUCGUGACGGGGGAUUUAAAGAUACAAAUUGUGUUGCUCGAAAAGUGGACAACACUACCAAAAUAUAUCUGAAAUACAUGUGCGAGCCAUCUAUAAUGCAAUUCAGAUUGAAAUAUGUGACUUUAGAUUAUCGAUAUCACAUCCUGACAGACAUUGAAAAAAUACUCAUUAUCCUUGGUAGUAUCAUCUUAUUUUUUAUCCUUUUUAUCCUUGUGAUUGUAAUAAUCCUUCAAAAUGAGGAUGAGGAAGAAAACAACAGCAGGCAACAACAUAUUUCUGAAUCAGUAAAUGCAAAUGUCGAACGUGAAAACACCCCAUGCAACGAUAAUUCUACAACAUCUGCUCCAACAACUUCUGAAUGCGAUCAGAACCAACCACCUGACACAAAUAAAUUCUUACUCCGUCGCCUGCCUAGUCUUCCAACGAUGGAUUUACCAAGGUCACAACGUUGGUCAGAUGUAUCAUCUGAAAAUAUUUACGAAGAAAUUGAGGAAUUGGAUACUACAUUUGAAGAGAAGAUUGGAGAACUCAAGGAAAUUUUUCAAUCAGAAAAGAUCACGGGAGAAUAUGCCGUUCAAAUCUUUCACUGA